UCUGCAACAUCAAGUGGUCGUGGGUUUACUGCUUUCUCUCUUGUUCAAGAUCUUAUAGCAAUUCGUAAAAAUGAAAGUUUACUAUGGGGAGACUUUAAAAUGAUUAAAGAUAAACGCAUUACAGAAGAGUUACAAUUUGAAAUAUUUACACGUAAAGCUGAAGGUUUCCCAGCUUUCAUUAUUGUUUUACGCAAACAAUCUACUAAUGAUAUUGUCAGUGGGACAAUCGACUUUUCCAAUGUAUGCUCAUGUAUCAUUCCGAAAAUAAUCUAUCCAUCAAAUAAAAAUCUGGAACUUCAUCAACCAUUGCCAAGUCCACGUGUUUAUUUAAAAUCUGAUGGAAAACCAAUGAUUCAUGUUUUUAAAUGUUGUGCAUAAAAAAA